UAGAAACACAUUAUUGAAACGCCACGCCACACAACGUGUCGCCACCCCAUGAGCACUGUGCACAUUACCAACACGUGAUGCCACGACACGCUCGCAAUUUUUUAAUUCAGUCUAUGUGCGGCGGUGAACAUGUAUAGUCGUGUACUAUGGAUCUUCUAAAUAACGAGUCAGAUGAAGAUUUUGAAGAUGGAUUGAUGCAAAUUUUGGGUACAUAUAUGUUACUAAAACGACUCAAGAAUAAGAAACAAACUAGACGUUACUGGGUGCAUGAAAUAAAUGAAAAGAGAAGUACGUGUGGUGAAUAUCAUGCUCUUUAUCAAGAUUUACUUAAUGACAGCGAAAGAUUUCAUAUGUAUUUUCGGGUUACUAAAACACAAUUUGAGGAAAUACAUGAAUUUAUUAAAAAUGAUAUACAAAAGAAAAGGACAACAUUUCGCGAAGCAAUCAGUACAAAAGAAAGACUUGCUGUAUGCCUCAGGUUUUUAGCCACGGGCAAUUCAUUUAGAUCGAUGGGAUUCAACUAUCGAAUGGGAUUCAGUACCGUACGAAACAUUGUGCAAGACGUUUGCAAUGCAAUUUGGAAGAAAAUGGGUCCUAUUUAUAUGCCCAAACCUACAACUGCAAUUUGGCAAGAAUCAGAAAAUGGUUUUAGAAAUUACUGGAAUUUCCCAAAUUGCUGUGGAGCAAUAGAUGGAAAACAUGUGAAUAUUAUUUGUCCUAUAAAUGGUGGUUCAAAUUACUGGAAUUAUAAGGGAACUAAUUCAAUCGUGUUACUAGCUGUAGUAGAUCCAAAGUAUAGAUUUUUAGUUGUGGACGUCGGAUCCUAUAGUAAAAACAGCGAUGGUGGCAUAUUUGAAAAAUCCAUUUUAGGAGAAUUAAUAGAAAAAGGAAAAUUAGAAUUGCCAGCCGCUAACCCUUUAACUCCGAAUUCAGAACCAUUGCCACAUGUGAUUGUGGCAGAUGAAGCUUUUCCCUUAAAACCAUUUUUGAUGCGACCCUACAGUAAGAAUGACGUUCGUAACAAUGAACCCAAUAAAAUAUUCAAUUACAGACUCAGUCGUGCUCGACGAAUAGUCGAGAAUGCUUUUGGCAUCUUAAGAUCAAGAUGGCGUGUAUUUGCAGGUCCUAUGUCAGUACAACCUGACAUGGUCGACAAAAUAAUUUUAGCAACAUGUUGCUUACACAAUUAUUUGGGCACGGAUAAUUUACCCUCGAACUGUGAUCAUCCAGAGACAAAUGUGACAGAAUCUACCGCCUUUGACAAUUUAAAUCCAAUUCGUAGAAAUUCCACACAAUAUGCUUUUACAGUGAGAAACAAAUUCAAAGAAUAUUUUAACAGUGAAGGCGCCGUUCCGUGGCAGCUUGAUAUUGUGAGGAGAGGUAGACAACAUUAAUAACAUGGCUACUCUUCAAAAAAAUCACAAAACUAAGUUCAUACGAGAUAUAUGUAUAUUUAGUUAACAUAGGUGUUCGGGAUACCCAGAACGUGAAACCUUUUUUAAUGUAAAACACCAAAACCUAUAAAGUAGGAACCUCUUUGUGUCUGUGUUUUGUUUUAUCUUUUUUUAAUUUUUCGUUGUCAAAAAUAAGUCUUGCGGAAUACAACUCUCUUAUAUAAUUUUCACGAAGCAUUUUUUAUUCAAUUUUAUAUACAGUCCUAUCCAAUAGGUAUAUAUAUUCAAGUAAAAAAUAAGUAUAUUCUAUUUUGUAAUAAAUAAUAUUCGUAAUAAAACUUA